AUGGUGAAGUUUGUGGUGGCAGGCAGGGUAAAUUGCCCUUAUUAUGCCAAGUGUGAAAUGGUGGCAGAUCAUCUUGUGCAAAGUUUGACAGAUUUUGAGAUUCAUAAGAUUGUUUUACAUCCUGAUGACUGGAAGUCAUGGCUUCAAACAAUAUGUACUGCAAAUAAAUGGCAGCAUGAAAACUCCCCAAUCAUAUGGCGAGAACUAGUGGACCGUGGAGGAAAGGGAUCGCUAUUAGGUGGAUUCAAUGAAUUUAUGGAGUAUGUACAGGGUUACUAUGGAUAUGUUUCUGAUAUGCAAACUGACCAUCAGAUCAAAACUGGAAAGGAGAACUUCAUGAAUAGCAUAAUAGAGCAAGACGAAUUGUCAGCAAAAAAACGUCAGAUAAAACCAAUGUCAAUCUGGAUUAGUGGAGCAUUACAUACUGCAUGCAGUAUUCUGAUUCCGAUCUUGAUAAGUGGAGAGAUAUUUGGUGAGAACCAGCUAAUCAACUUAAGUCUGUUGGACAAUGAAGGCUCCAUGUCAUUGUUAAAUGGCUUGCAAAUGGAGGUUGAAGAUAUGGCCUGCCCACUGCUUCAUAAAGUAUCAGCACAAAAUAGCCUAAGAAAGGCUUUUAUGGAUGCCGACAUAAUUAUUAUUCUUGACGAUAUUGCACUAGAUGAAAAUCAACCAAUUGAAGACUCCUACAAAGACAUAGUCAAUCUUUACCAAGACAUUGGAGUUAGGAUUGACACUUUUGCAAAAUCUGGUGUCCGUGUGAUUGUGGCUGGUGAUCACGUAUUGAAUUUGAAAAUACAUAAUCUUCUGCAAGGUGCAUUUUCAAUUGAUCAUAAUAAUAUUAUAGCACUAUCAACUCAACUUGAGGGAGAGGCCAAGGCACUACUGGCAAGGAAAUUAAAAGUGAAUACACAAGACGUGGAAAAUAUAAUUGUUUGGGGAAACAUCGGCAGAACUACUUACAUUGACCUGCACAAAGCACGUGUUCAUCGGUACGAAAGCGCAGUCUGGGGUCCAGCUGAUUUUUCACUCCCUGUAAUGGAGAUAAUCAAAGAUAGAAAAUGGAUAGAGACCGAAUUCCAGGAAGCAGUACAUUCUCACCGAACAACACUUCGGCAGAUAAUAAAACAUCCUAUAGGUUCUUCCUUGGCCAUUGCAAUAUACAAAGUCUUGAAGUACUGGUACUUUGAUUCACCACCAGGGGAGAUACUGUCUCUUGGAGUUAUCAGCAAAGGUGAGUUCAAUAUUCCAGCGGAUAUUAUCUUCUCUAUGCCAGUUCGAUUUUGUGGUGGAAAAUGGGUGAUCCAAACAAACAUUAAGAUCAGCAAGGUGACCCAAAGAAAGCUGCAAUACAUUGUUCAAGAACUGAAAAUGGAGGAAAGUUUUGAUUUCUCUCCCAUAACUGAAAUGCACAUGGGAUCCAGUCUCACGUCUGUUGAAGGAAUGGUUCAGGAGGAAGAUAAAGCCUAAGAAAAAUAACGAUCGACAAUGUUGGUGUUUAUCACCUUUUUAGCUGCACCGAUUAAGUUUGAAGUAUUUCUGGUUGCUUAAGUGAGCAUUUUAUGAUAUCCCUGUUGGAGAAGGGACGUUUUAUCGUAGGCAUACAAAGAACUUUUGCUUACAUUUAUUUUUUAGGGAUUUGGAAAAGGAGGCAGUUAUUGACCAUUCCUAAUUAUUACUGAUCAGCAUCAUCUGCUAGGCCUUAUUGGGACAUUUAAGAGUCACCCAAUUGCUAUAUACCUGGAGUUAAAUUAUAGACCAUAAUGCGUAUGGCAGAUUUCCUACCCUGCAGGACAUUAGUGAACUAGAUGGGGUUUAAUGACAGUCUAGUAGUAUUGUGAAACAGCUAAUUUUGUAGAAAAGUGUCUAAUUUAAAGGCAAUAAAUUUGGGUUCUCUCAUAGUUAAUAUAUAAUGCUACAAAUCAACCAUAAUAUGAGGCAACGUAAAGUUUUUAAGUAAGAAAAAUUUAGAUAGUUACUUUCCCUCAUUCUGUUAUGAUUUAUUUCCAAAUUUCUGUUACUACAAGGAAAUGUAAGCAGAACAUGUUAUGUUAUCCCCAUCAUGCAAUGGUGCAUUCUGUUUUGAUUUAUAUCAGCUCAUGGGACUGUUUGUCAUCAUAUCCCAAUCAUAUUUAUUGAUCUCUGACCCCCAAAAGUUUUUUUAGAAAGACAAUGGAAAUGGUUUUAUUCAUCAAAAGGCCAACUAUUGCAUGCUAUUUAACCAACUAAUAAGUGGAUCACCACCGGGUUAACUUUAAAAUCAUUUUUUCAAAGUUUAUUUGGGUAUUCUUGAAUAUUUUUUUUGAAGGAACAGUGAAUAUUAGUGAUAUCGUCAGGAUGUUUACGUGGAGGAGUUAUAGAGCUCUAUGAAGAAUCAAUGCAUCCAUGUUUAUGAAAGAACUGUAAAUGAUUAGUGAUUGCAUGGUUUCAGUGAUUGACUCAUCUAAUUUGCAGCAUUUGGGUUAGUUUGUGUCCAAUGGAAUAGGAGAUACAAUUAACACAUAAGGGGUUGAGGAAAAGGAUAGAAAGACUGCAUGAUUCACAACAUCACAAUCAUCACCAUUAUUCAUUGUAAAAAAAAACAAUAUCCACUUCCCUCAGGAAGUAUUGCGUCCUGCAACCCUCUGUGCCAAGCAACCAAGCAGACACUCGCAUACUCAUUCUUUCUGAUGCUUUUGGUACUGCUUUUAAACACUUCACUCAAAUCUGAAACAUACAAACUUUUUUUUUAAUGAUCUUAAACCCCUUAAUAAUGUUUAUCCCCUCACACCAUGUUUUCAACCCUACAUUUCUGAAAAAUCAAACUCUAAGUCCAUCUAAAAACAAAAUUUGGUCUUAUCCAUGUUCCAUGUACAGCCUUUAUCCAGCACAUUAAAUGUCAGACCCGAAUUAGACUCAAUACUCCCAAAUAAUUGUACAGCUUAGUUUACUAGUUAACCAAUAUUAUCUUAAAAUAACAAAGAAACCUUAUCAUUAUUCAUAAGGGCUGAAUUUUAAAAGGAAAUCUGAAUACUGUACCCCCUUUACUGCAAAAUCUUAAUACGAAUCUAGGAAAUGACAUAUGGAAACCGAUUUAGAUUCAUAUUCACUGUCUGAUUGUAACCAUCAAAUUAUAUUCUAUUAUGCUGUUACUAUAUAAUAAAAUAAUUCUUCCAAUUAUUUGUUAAUAGAGUUGAUGCUGUUCGUGGGAAUGGAAAUAAAAAGAUAUCCGGCAGAGGUUUUAAUGCAGCUGAAUGAUGUAUUUUAUUUUUGGCUGUUUCAGAGAAACAAUGAAAGUCCAUGUGAGACUGCUUUUGAAUUUAGACCAGACAGGAUAUGGUUGACACAGUUACUUAGAUGCUGCAGACAUUAGGAACAGGAGCAGGCAACGUUCUCUUUCAAACCUUUGCUCAUUAUAUUAAGGUCAUGGUUGAUCUAACUUCACAUUACUAUCUAUUGUUGGUAACCAUUCAUCCCGUUGCUUAUCAAGUAUUUCUUUAUGACAUAAAGUACUGGAGUAACUCAGCAUGUCAGGCAGCAUCUCUAAAUAGGUGACGUUUUUGAUCAAGACCCUUCUUCAAACAAGUCUGCCUUAAUAAAUAUUCAGACCUGCUGUAAGACCCAACUACUGAACACCAACAUUUGGAGUAGGACGAUUCAUAUUUGUUCCUCAGGCCUCUGAAAUCUGGAGGAGUAUUUAUGGUUUGCUGUAGCACCAAUCCAAUUCCUUUUGGCUAGCCAAGACUGCACUGGGGAUUUGUGGGGCCAGUUUGUGACAGUUUGCUCAGGCUACUAGUCUGAGUAUACAUUUUUAUGUUUGUUGUGAGCUUUCAGACUAAAUUAUUUCAAUAUUAUCUAUACUAUAGCCAUCGGGAGAUAGAGGGACAGAUAUGUAGACAGAUAAUUGAAAGGUGCAAAGGCAAUGAGGAUGUCGUAGUGGGUGACUUUAACUUCUCCAAUAAUGACGACAUAGUACAAAAAAGCAGAGAAGAGGCAGAAUUUGUUUAGUAUAUCCAAGAAACAUAGAAACAUAGAAAUUAGGUGCAGGAGUAGGCCAUUCGGCCCUUCGAGCGUGCACCGCCAUUCAAUAUGAUCAUGGCUGAUCAUCCAACUCAGUAUCCCGUACCUGCCUUCUCUCCAUACCCUCUGAUCUCCUUAGCCACAAGGGCCACAUCUAACUCCCUCUUAAAUAUAGCCAAUGAACUGGCCUCAACUACCCUCUGUGGCAGAGAGUUCCAGAGAUUCACCACUCUCUGUGUGAAAAAAGUUCUUCUCAUCUCGGUUUUAAAGGAUUUCCCCCUUAUCCUUAAGCUGUGACCCCUUGUCCUGGACUUCCCUAACAUCGGGAACAAUCUUCCUGCAUCUAGCCUGUCCAAUCCCUUAAGAAUUUUGUAAGUUUUUAUAAGAUCCCCUCUCAAUCUCCUAAAUUCUAGAGAGUAUAAACCAAGUCUAUCCAGUCUUUCUUCAUAAGACAGUCCUGACAUCCCAGGAAUCAGUCUGGUGAACCGUCUCUGCACUCCCUCUAUGGCAAUAAUGUCCUUCCUCAGAUUUGGAGACCAAAACUGUACGCAAUACUCCAGGUGUGGUCUCACCAAGACCUGUACAACUGCAGUAGAACCUCCCUGCUCCUAUAUUCAAAUCCUUUUGCAAUGAAAGCUAACAUACCAUUCGCUUUCUUUACUGCCUGCUGCACCUGCAUGCCUACCUUCAAUGACUGGUGUACCAUGACACCCAGGUCUCGCUGCAUCUCCCCCUUUCACAAUCGGCCACCAUUUAGAUAAUAGUCUGCUUUCCGUUUUUGCCACCCAAAUGGAUAACCUCACAUUUAUCCACAUUAUACUGCAUCUGCCAAACAUUUGCCCACUCACCCAGCCUAUCCAAGUCACCUUGCAGUCUCCUAGCAUCCUCCUCACAGCUAACACUGCCCCCCAGCUUAGUGUCAUCCGCAAACAUGGAGAUAUUGCCUUCAAUUCCCUCAUCCAGAUCAUUAAUAUAUAUUGUAAAUAGCUGGGGUCCCAGCACUGAGCCUUGCGGUACCCCACUAGUCACUGCCUGCCAUUGUGAAAAGGACCCGUUUACUCCUACUCUUUGCUUCCUGUUUGCCAGCCAGUUCUCUAUCCACAUCAAUACUGAACCCCAAUGCCGUGUGCUUUAAGUUUGUAUACUAAUCUCUUAUGUGGGACCUUGUCGGAAGCCUUCUGGAAGUCCAGAUACACCACAUCCACUGGUUCUCCCCUAUCCACGCUACUAGUUACAUCCUCGAAAAAUUCUAUAAGAUUCGUCAGACAUGAUUUACCUUUCGUAAAUCCAUGCUGACUUUGUCCAAUGAUUUCACCACUUUCCAAAUGUGCUGCUAUCCCAUCUUUAAUAACUGACUCUAGCAGUUUCCCCACUACCGAUGUUAGACUAACUGGUCUGUAAUUCCCCAUUUUCUCUCUCCCUCCCUUCUUAAAAAGUGGGGUUACGUUUGCUACCCGCCAAUCUUCGGGAACUACUCCAGAAUCUAAAGAGUUUUGAAAGAUUAUUACUAAUGCAUCCACUAUUUCUGGAGCUACUUCCUUAAGUACUCUGGGAUGCAGCCUAUCUGGCCCUGGGGAUUUAUCGGCCUUUAAUCUAUUCAAUUUACCCAACACCACUUCCCGGCUAACCUGGAUUUCACUCAAUUCCUCCAACUCCUUUGACCCGCGGUCCUCUGCUAUUUCCGGCAAAUUAUUUAUGUCU